AGACUGAAUCACCAAAACAAAACCCCAGGGCAGGUGGGAGGGGAGCACUGCUUCCGCCAAUGCUGCAGGACCGCUGCCCCAUGCUGCUGCAGGGACUGCCUAAGGACAUCCAGGGCCAGCUGCCCUGAUGCUCACUGCCUGGAUGGAGCCCUCCUCCAGCGCCCUGGGGAAAACAAAAGGUUUUUAGUUUUGAUCUUUUUUUUUUUCCUCUUCCUUAAUCUUUGCGAAGUGCUGUGGGCUUCAGCCACCUGCUGUUUUCCAGUGUGCAGUAGGAAAUCUCCACGCUUUCGGGGGAGCGGGGUUUGUUAACAGUAAGGAAAAGCCUAUUGGGCUCUAAUCCACUGAGCAAUCAGGAGCUGGCCAGGCUUUGCAGAAUUCAUCAAGCACGGCCACGAGAGGAUAGGACAAACCAUCAAGGCAUCCGGCUCCAGGCUCUGCUCAUACUUCUCUCCCCCAUCUCCUAUUGGUAUGUUUGAUGUGCACCUACUGUCCUGCUUCCCACCACACUCACACUUCUAUGCCCUGGGAGCAGCAGUGCUACUGAGGAGUUAGCUGGGGACCUCAGCUGAUGUUCUGUGAUGAAGGCAGCAUGACCAUACCUGUGCUGAACGAGUUGCUAUUUUAAUGGAUCGUUCCCGGACCUCAGACAGCAGUGCCCAGCCUCCGACACCAACUGAUAACAUCAAUCUUGGACCUUCUGCUAACCCAAAUGCCAAGCCAACAGACUUUGACUUCCUGAAGGUUAUUGGCAAAGGAAGCUUUGGAAAGGUUCUCCUGGCCAAACGCAAGAGUGAUGGGACUUUUUAUGCUGUGAAAGUCUUGCAUAAGAAAACCAUCCUAAAGAAAAAGGAGCAAAACCACAUCAUGGCAGAACGCAAUGUGCUUCUGAAAAAUGUCAAGCACCCCUUCCUUGUGGGCCUCCAUUACUCCUUCCAGACCUCGGAGAAGCUUUACUUUGUACUUGAUUAUGUGAAUGGGGGAGAGCUCUUCUUCCACUUGCAAAGAGAGCGUUGUUUCCGUGAGCCCCGUGCAAGAUUCUAUGCUGCAGAAGUUGCUAGUGCAAUUGGUUACCUGCAUUCCUUAAACAUCAUCUACAGGGAUUUAAAACCUGAGAACAUCCUCCUGGAUUGCCAGGGACAUGUGGUGUUGACAGAUUUUGGACUCUGCAAGGAAGGAAUGGAGGAAGAGGAGACUACCUCUACGUUUUGUGGCACUCCUGAGUACUUAGCUCCUGAGGUGCUAAAGAAGCAGCCGUAUGACAGGACAGUAGACUGGUGGUGCCUGGGAGCUGUCCUCUAUGAGAUGCUUUUUGGACUGCCUCCCUUUUAUAGCCGGGAUGUGUCUCAGAUGUAUGACAACAUUCUCCACAAGCAACUCCAGAUCCAAGGAAGCAAGACUGUGGCAGCCUGUGAUAUCCUCCAUGGACUUCUCCAUAAGGACCAGAAGAGGAGGCUGGGUGCCAAAACAGACUUUCUCGAGAUAAAGAACCACGUAUUCUUCAGCCCAAUAAACUGGGAUGACUUGUACCACAAGAGGAUUACCCCUCCAUUCAACCCGAAUGUGGCUGGCCCAGCUGAUCUGCGGCACUUUGACCCAGAGUUCACCCAGGAAGCGAUCUCUGCCUCCAUCACCCACACACCUGACUUAGCAGCCAGCAGCUCCAGUGCCUCAGAUGCAUUUUUAGGAUUUUCUUAUGCACCAACUGAAGAGGACUUCUAGAUUUUAUAAAGGCUUUGAGAAGCCAGUUUUUAACUGAAUGGGAUUUUAUGUUUGCUGUUAUUGCUGUGGCUUUUCUUGUUUCAGUUUUUGAAGGGAAUGGUAAUGUCAUUUGCUCAUGGUGGUUUAAGGAAACUGGGACUAAUACACUAACUGGGUGGGAUGGAGCAGAGCUCUUAAUUUGUGCUGUUUAGUGGAUUUGUCUCUAAAUGUGUGCUUCUCUAGCAGGGAAAGUGAGACACUGAUGAUAACUAUUGCUGUGCCACGUGGUAGGAUUGUAUUCACUGUGGUUGUAUUUAUGGCUAAGGUUUGUGUACCAUCACUCACAUCACAGCCACAUCUCUGUGACAGGUCAUUGCUAUGGGGUGGAGCUAAUGCUGUCCAGCAUGUCUGACUGCUUUGACUUCCCCAUAACAAAGGGAAACUCUUCACAGCACAGCAGGGGGAAGAUCAGCGGCUUCCUCCUUUUAAGUAGGAUGUGCUCAUCUGAAUGGUUGGGUAAGGGACAGUCUGAUCACAGGAGCUAGGCCGGAGUCAAAGCGGGGCACUUCAGCAAGCCUUCUGCCUAGGGCCACCAAAGAAGCUCACGUAUGGAUGUCAGUACUUCAGAGCAGGAAUGAGGAGGUCCAUGGAUGCUGCUGAAGAAGCAGAGCUGCCUCAGUGGGAGGGAGGAAGCCCCUUCCUCAUCCUAGGCUGAGCAGCCGUCUGUCAGUUACUGCUGGCGGGGCUGCGGAUCCUAUCCUGUGCUGUGACCUCUCCUAGGGGCUGGUUGGAGAGCUGCUCCUCAGCACCACAGCAGCAGAAGCCUGCACUGCUCUGACGCUGUCUGCCACCGAUGUGGACACGAUAUUUGUUCUGCCUUAAUUGAAAUGCUGGUGUACUGCUUGAGUGCCACUUCCCCUGUUCUUCCUCGAGUCCUUUUCUUAGUGCUGCUGGGAGGAGGGGAAAAGGGGGCGAGUGCUGUUCGCGCUGUGGGAUGUUUGUACGGGAACGUUUAUCUUGUAGGUGCAGCAGCCACCAGAACUACCACACGGCUCCUAUUAAAGCGCAUACACUGC